AUGUGUAUGCAGAAGAAAGUAAUUCAUGCAGAAAAGGAUAAAGAAUUAGAUAAGAGAGCUGAUAAUAAUGAGAAGAGAUCAAUGAAAGCUGCAGAAAAUGAUAAUAUUAAAGUUGCAAAGCAAAUAGAAAAAGAUGAAAAUAAAAAAAUGAAAAAACAUGAAGGACGAUCACAUGUUUUCUUUGAUAUUAUCAUUAAUGGAAAUGCAACAGGACGUAUUAUAAUGGAACUAUUUGAUGAUAUAGUACCAAAAACAGCUGAAAAUUUUCGAUGCUUAUGUACCGGUGAAAAAGGAAUGGGUAAACUUGGAAAGCCACUUCAUUAUAAAAAUUGCAAAUUUCAUCGAGUUAUUCCAGAAUUCAUGUGUCAAGGAGGUGAUUUUACGAAUGGUGAUGGAACUGGUGGUGAAUCAAUAUAUGGUGAAACAUUUCCAGAUGAAAAUUUCAUUGAGAAGCAUACUGGACCAGGAAUUCUAUCAAUGGCAAAUGCAGGUCCAAAUACAAAUGGUUCACAAUUUUUUCUCUGUACCAAUAAAACAGAUUGGUUAGAUGGUAAACAUGUAGUAUUUGGGAAAGUAAUCGAAGGAAUGGAGGUAGUAAAGAAGAUUGAAGCUGUUGGCUCAGAAGAUGGUAAAACUUCACAAGAGGCAGUAAUUGUAAAUUGUGGUGAAUUAUGA